AUGAAAAAUGAUUUAUAUACAUUCGGAAAGAAAAAUUAUAUACUCAACAAUUUAUUUAGGAGUUUAGGAGAAAUAAAGAAAAUUAAAGAUGAUUUACAAAUUGUUAGAUUAACUAUGAAUUGCCAGAAAAUUAAUAUUAUUGAUAUUAAAUGCACUAAUGAUACUUUAUUUAUAUUAUUUUCAAAUGGUGAAUUUAUUUGUAAAAGAAUGAUUCCAACAUUAUCUAUAAAUGAAAUAACAUCACCAAUAAAAAUUUUAAAAAUAUCAUCAGGUUAUAAUCAUUUUCACCUUUUAUCAAUUGAUAAUAAAUUAUAUGGAUUAGGUGACAAUAGUUUUAAUCAAAUAGGUUUUAAUAAUAUUAAUAUUAGUAAUAAUAAUUGGUAUGAAAGAAUAAAACAAGUCGAAUAUUUUAAUGAAAUUAAUUUAAAGAUGGUAUCAUCUGGUGGUAGACAUCAUUCAAUAUUUAUUGGUAUUGAUGGUAGUGUAUAUUCUUGUGGUUCAAAUAAAUAUAAUCAAUUAGGAAGAAGAACAACUAAUGGGGAAAAUGAAACAACUCAUAAUAUUGAAAAAUUAGAAACAACUAUUCUAUUCGAUAAUUGCUCGUCAGGUGAUCAUCAUAAUUUAUUAAUAGCAACUAACGGAUUAGUAUAUGGUUUCGGUUUAAACUCACAUGGUCAAUUAGGUAUAAUUACAAAUUAUAAUGUAAAAUUACCAAUUUCAAAUAAUAAAAAUGAAAAUGAUAAUAAUAGUAAUGAAAAUGAUAAUUAUGGUUAUUCUAUUAAACUAUUAACAUUAUUAGAAACAUUAAAAGAUGAACAUAUAGUUGAAGUUAGAUGUUCAAUGUGGCAUAGCAUAUUAUUAUCAAAGAAGGGUGAAGUUUUCACAUUUGGCGAGGGAUCUUCAUUUCAAUUAGGUCAUGGUGAUAAUAUCUCUUAUCAAACCCCUAUUCUCGUUGAUGAAUUAUCUGAAAAUAAUUUUAAAAUUAAUUCAAUAUCUUGUUCAACUAAUUCAUCUUUAUUUUUAGAUAAUCAACAUAGAGUAUUUUAUUGUGGAGAUAAUUUCAUUUCACAAGAUUUUGAAUGUAAUAAUCAAGAUAACCAAAAUUACAGCUAUGAUGGGGAUGAUGAGGAUGAUGAUGAUAAUGAUAAUGAUUGUAGUAAUAAAAUCGAAAAUCCAACACCUUUAACUCAACUUAUACAAACAUUGGAUUUUUCUCCUCCAAAUAAUAUCUACACCCAUAAUUCAAACUUUAACUUUAUGUGGUAA